AUGGCUGGGAGGAAUGAUGAUGCGAUUGCGGCUGCUUUGGAAGCAAUGGCUCAAGCUUUGGAACAUCAGUCGAAUAGGGAGAAUCCACCUGUUUUCAAGGGCACUCAUGAUCCUGAUGGCGCAUUGACAUGGCUAAAAGAGAUUGAGAGAAUAUUCCAUGUGAUGGAUUGUACUUCAGAUCAGAAGGUUCAGGAGUUCUUGAGGAAGUACUUUCCGGAGGAUGUCCCUGGAAAGAAGGAAAUCGAAUUCCUUGAGUUGAGGCAAGGGAAUAAGUCGGUUGUGGAGUAUGCUACUAGUUUAUUUGAGAAUGGAUUGUGUCCAGAAAUCAAGAAUGCGGUUAGUUACCAGAAGAUACGUGUCUUUGCUUAUUUGGUUGAUAGUUGUCGGAUUUAUGAAGAGGACGACAAUGUUCAUUAUCGGGUUAUUAAUGAGAAGAGGGGGUUGCAAUUCCGGUUGGUGUACAGUGAUAAGUUUUCCAGAUUAUCAGGUUUACCAUAUGUGCAGGCUAUUCCUCCUAAGCCACCAGAUUUUUUACUAAUAUCCAAAUUGGCUCUUGUGUUGUCUGCUAUGAACAGAGAGAUGGUUAUCGAUAGUCCGGCUAAGGGAUCAGUAACUACUUCUCUUGUGUGUUUUAAGUGUCACAUGUCGAUUUUCGAUAGAGACUUUGUUGUUGAUUUUAUUUGCUUGCCGUUAAGAGGUUUGGAUGUGAUCUUGGGUAUGAGCUUGUUAGAGAAUAACCAUGUUCAUAUUAAUUGCUAUGACAAGUCGGUGAGGUUCUCUACUCCUGAAGAGGAAGGUGUGGAGUCGUUGUCUACUAGACAGAUGCGCAUGUUGAUGAAAUAG